UGCAGUCGCGCCACGGUCACUGUGCGCGCUCUCUGAACGAGGGGCGUGGCCGCAGUACGGCCGGUGAGCUCGCGCGGCGUGCGGAUACUCGAGCUAGUUGUCGGGACCGCGCCAUCUGCAGGAAGGCUCAUGAGGAGAAAGGAAAAGUGUGUGUGGCGACACUGGCGAAUGUGAGAGAGCGAAGGCGAGACAUACAGCGGUAGAAACGGACAGAGUGCGCGCUAACAUUACAUUCUCAACGCGACUCAAGGAUUUGAUUCCUAAAGGAGGCUUCCAAAUCACAAGAUACACGAAGGAAAAACAAUGACGGAGAAAGAGUGCGUGACUGAUACCGGCACUGCAGAUUCUGUUUCUUCUGAAUAUUCUUCUCCUGCCAGAAGCAUAGGGGAUCCUGGAAUUACACCACUUUCUCCAACUCAUUCUGCGAAAGAUCCUGAGCACCAUGUCCCUGCACAGCAGUGCUUUGCGGUGGUAGUGGCUAUCGAUUUUGGCACCACAUCCAGUGGGUAUGCAUACAGCUUCACAAAGGAGCCAGAAUGUAUUCACAUUAUGAGGCGUUGGGAAGGAGGAGAUCCUGGGGUGUCCAAUCAGAAGACACCCACCACCAUCCUACUGACCCCUGAUGGAAAGUUUCACAGCUUUGGUUAUGCUGCUAGAGACUUCUAUCAUGACCUGGACCCGAGUGAGUCAAAGCACUGGCUGUACCUGGAGAAGUUCAAAAUGAAGCUGCAUACCACUAGUAAUCUAUCAAUAGAAACCGAAUUGCAGGCUGCGAAUGGGAAGAAAGUGAAAGCCAUCAAUGUGUUUGCUUAUGCCCUGCAGUUCUUUAAGGAGCAGGCAUUGAAGGAACUGAGUGACCAGGCUGGCUCACAGUUCGAUAAUGCUGAUGUUCGAUGGGUAAUCACUGUACCGGCUAUUUGGAAGCAGCCAGCUAAGCAGUUUAUGAGACAAGCUGCCUACAAGUCUGGCCUUGUCAAUCCUGAGAAUCCUGAGCAGCUGAUUAUUGCUCUAGAGCCAGAGGCAGCCUCUAUCUACUGCCGGAAGCUACGUCUUCACCAGAUGAUUGACUUAAGUAACAAGAUGGCAGUGAAUGGCAUUAGCCCUGCAGAGACUGUUGCCUCCGGAAUGACUCAGGGUUCAUCAGACUCGAUUUUGUGCCUGCUAUCUGAAGUCCAGAGUGCCACACAAGAGAUGUCCUCGAAGGAGCACGUCCGACGUAACCGGCAGAGCCGCACCUUUUUGGUGGAAAAUGUCAUAGGAGAGCUCUGGUCAGAGCUGGAGGAAGGUGAUCGCUAUGUGGUGGUGGACUGUGGAGGAGGAACUGUGGAUCUCACUGUCCAUCAAAUUCGCCUUCCAGAGGGCCAUUUGAAAGAAUUAUACAAAGCUUCAGGAGGUCCUUAUGGGUCUGUCGGUGUGGAUUAUGAAUUUGAGAAGCUGCUUUGUAAGAUUUUUGGAGACGAUUUCAUCGACCAAUUCAAAAUCAAGCGUCCAGCUGCCUGGGUGGAUUUAAUGAUUGCAUUUGAGUCCCGUAAAAGAGCAGCAGCCCCAGACAGAACUAAUCCCCUGAAUAUCAACUUACCGUUUUCCUUCAUUGAUUACUACAAGAAGUUCAGGGGGCACAGUGUUGAGCAUGCACUUCGGAAAAGCAAUGUGGAUUUUGUGAAGUGGUCCUCACAAGGAAUGCUUCGGAUGAAUCCAGAUGCAAUGAAUGCCCUCUUUAAGCCCACUGUGGACCAAAUCAUUCAUCAUCUCAGUGAUCUCUUUCAAAAGCCUGAGGUGUCUGAUAUCAAGUUCCUCUUUCUGGUAGGGGGAUUCUCAGAGUCCCCUUUGCUACAGCAUGCUGUGCAGAACAUGCUUGGUGAACGGUGCCGCAUAAUUAUCCCUCACGAUGUAGGCCUUACCAUCCUCAAAGGUGCAGUGCUGUUUGGCUUGGACCCAGCAGUGAUCAAAGUGAGACGCUCACCUUUGACAUAUGGAGUUGGGGUGCUCAACAGAUACCUGGACGGGAAGCACCCUCCUGAAAAGUUACUGGUGAAGGAUGGGACACGCUGGUGUACCGAUGUCUUUGACAAGUUUAUCUCUGCUGACCAAUCAGUGGCCCUGGGAGAAACGGUCAAGCGGAGCUACACUCCAGCCAAACCAUCUCAGAUGGUCAUUGUCAUCAAUAUCUAUUGUUCGGAGCAAGAUGAUGUGGGCUUUAUCACUGAUUCCGGUGUGAAGAAAUGUGGCACUCUGCGUUUGGACCUGAGUGGCACAGAGUGCUCCCCUCCCCCGGCCCGCAGGGAGAUUCAGACACUCAUGCAGUUUGGGGACACAGAGCUCAAGGCAAUGGCGGUGGAUGUUGCCACUUCUAAAAGUGUGAAGGCCUCCAUUGAUUUCUUAAAUUAAAUCUGGUUAGUUUUCCCCACAGUACACUAGGAAAUUGUUAAAGCCGAGUGGAGUGUCAGCAGCUUAAGAGUCCAAAAAAGCGAGUAUUUUUAAACUGAAACUUUUAAUUUUCAUAAAAUGUUUGUUUCUUUUUAAUUGUAUUAUCUGUAGCCAUGUCCCAGCAUUGAUUUUGAAUGAUUUGGGAGAAUCCCUGACUUUGAUCAGAAAGUUCCCAAAUUCUCAUGCCUGUUGCUUCAGUAUGACUUUUUUAGAGGCCAUUCAACCCUCUUGUGUGUCUGUGUGGCUUACUAUAUAUCGGGGACCAACGCUGUCGUAAGAAAUAUGUUUGGGCACAGAAAAGGGGACACAAAUUUUAAUUUAGCCUGAAAAAUAUCUUUUACAAAUGUAUGCUACCAUUGGGCUGCUAAGUGAUGCAUUGCCUUGUAUACUAAAAAUUCAAAAAUUAGCUUUAAAAAUGUAUAAUAGUAAUGAUAAUGCCAGGAGGCGUGUAGUCAGAAGCCAGCAGGUCAAAAAUUGACAGGUGCCAUGUCACUUUUGUUGGGUGAAGAUUUUUUUUUAGGAAAAGGAUGCAGAGAAUCAUAUGAAAUGGAACCAAACACGCUGCCUUGAGAAUGCUGCCAGCUUCACCCUGCCUUUGUUUUUUCACUAUAGCCAUACCGGUGCGCCCUUUUGAUGCCCCUUUUUCUUAUUCUGUUCCUUUGCUUGCUACACUGAAAAAAAGGAAAAAGCCAGCAUUACAGAGAAGCAAUUAUCUUUUUAUCAGUUAAAGGAAAGUUUGAGUAUGUUGAAGUAACUUGGGACUGAAAACUUGAGCGAAUAUAUAUUGUGCUUUAGUUUGUAUAUACACUAUUUAAAUCAUGUACAGAUUUAUUUUUAUUUCAGCAGAGUGCGCAGAAUUAUUUAGGUAGACUUAAUUAACUCUGCUGUCACCAGCGUACUCUUCCUGUUAUCAUUGCUGCUGUUAACAAGUAAUUUACAAUCUGUGCACACAGAAGAGUAAAAUUAGCAGAAUCUGUGGGGGCCUUAGCAGGUGAACAGCCGAGUAUUUAGAUGAUGUAUUGCUAUUGAUCUUUGGUGUGCUGCCGCUGUUAGCUUUUCAAAGCUUCAUUGAAUCAGUUGUUGUACAUUUAAAAUGAUCCAAGAUCUGUCCUGCAGGUGGAGUUGCUAUUGCUGUUAGUCUUCGUUAGAAAACAUUUCAACUGAUGUAUGGUAUCACAUUCAAACUACACACUAUGUACCUGAUUUCAUGUACACCUCUCUAGAUACUAUUAAGGUGACCAGAUAUUAAUUUUAUAUGAAGUUCUCAUGCGGUGCCAAUGGGACUAGUAGUAGCUGUGCCAGUGCCAUCACCACAACGCCUUCGGUGUUUCUGAUCUGUUGUUACAUACAGUGCCUUGUAACAGCCUUGACUCCUUGUGCAUGAUUUACAAUCUGCUGCCUUAAAUAUCACAUUCAGAAUCAUUCCAGCUUCAUUCUUUUUCACUGAUACCAGAAAAAAAAAGGAUUAAAAAGUCUUCUUUUUUAAAUUGCGUUUCAGAACUUUACCUGAAAGUACAGUUUUUGCCCCAUUGUUCUUGACAGGAGCGCUGUAACUCCAUGCCUCUCACACAUAUUUUUCUGUACUAAAUGAAAUUUUAGGGUAGUGUGUUACAGUCUGUACAGUGCCCUCCAUAAUGCUUGGGACAAAGACACAUUAUUCCUUAAUUUCCCUCCUUUGUUUCACUGUUUACAAAUCAGUUCAGAUGUGAUUAAAGUGUACAUUGCAGACUUUCAUAAGGGGAUUUGCAUACAUUUGUUCACGCCGUAUAGAAAUUACAAUGCAGUUUAUACAUGGUCUCCCCGUUUCAAGGCACCAUAAUGUUUGGAACACAGCAAUGGAAGGUCUAUUAAGGAAGGCCAUUGUCAUAUUUAGCACUUUGUUGCAUAUCCCUUGCAUGUAAUUCCUGCUUUGUAUCUUCUGUGGUGUUGCUCUGCCAAGCCUCUGCUGCAGCCAUCCUCCUAAUUGUUUUGGGGGCUUGGGCCCGUACGUUUUCUCUUCAACAUAAGGGAAGGUUUGCUCAAUUGGAUUUAAAUCAGGUGACUGGCUUGGCCAUUCUAGAAUGUUCCUUUUUUUAGCUUUGGAAAAACUCCUGUGCUGCCUUAGCAGUAUGUCUGGAUCAUCAUCUUGUUGUAGGAUGAAGUGCAGUCCAGUGAGUUUGGAGGCACUGACUGAAACUUGAACAGAUGUUUCUAUAGACUUCAAAAUUCAUUGUGCCAGUUCCAUCAUCAAUGAAGAGAAGUGUGCCAUUCAGGACCUGUGGCAGCCAUACAUGCACAAGCCAUAACACCCCCACCACGUCUAACAGAUGAGGUGGUCUGCUUUGCAUCUUGGGCAGUUCCUUGUCAUCUCCACACUUUCCUCUUGCCAUCACUCUACUCAGGUUCAUUUUUGUCUCGUCUAUUCACAAGACAUUUUCCCAGAGUUCUGUAGGCUUUUUAAAGUCACUUUUCUCAAACUGUAAUCUGGCCAUCCUGUUUUUGUGACUUAACUAGUGGUUUGCAUCUUGCAGUGUGGCUUCUGUGUUUCUGUUCAUGAAGACUUUUUCUGAUAGUUGUCUUUGACACAUCCACAUGUGCUCCCGAAGUCUGUUUCUGGUCUGUCCGACUGGCAUUUGGUGCUUUUUUUUUUUCUUGAUCAUUGUGAGGAUUCUUAUGUCAUCAGCAGUGGAGGUCUUCCUUGGCCUAC